CCAUCGUCUAAGUUCAAUCCAUGGGCAAAGCGUCUCUCUCACAGUGCGUAUAAUCUAAUUUAGCAUUAUGGCUCCAUCAACACGAAAGCGUACUAAACCAGCAAAAGCGAAAUCAAGUCAAAAGAAACAAAAGAAGGAGAAAGAACAGGACCAAUCUCGUGAUAAUGUCUCUCAUGACGCCAGCGACGCAGACAGCUGGUCUCUUUCGUCUGGUCUUUCAGACUGGGCCUCUCUAGGCCAGCCAGAAGAAGCAAGAGAGAUGAUCGCUUCGUUACAGAAUAUACUGGAAUCCGCUGAGAACAAAGAUGAUUUCUGGGAGAGCUUCGAAUCUAGUGUGAAGAAAGAUGAGAAAAGGCUCCUUGGAAUCAUAGAUGGUUAUAAGAAGCUGUUCGAAACUGAGGAUGAAGAGUUCAACUCGCAGUUUGCUCAACUCAUGGCUGCGGCCCUCGCACCAACCGGCGUGGAACCUUCUCUGUCUACGGAUAUCCUACCUGGGGAUUGUACUCCCGAGAACCAUCCGCUAUAUGCUCUAUCACGGAGCCUUGUUGAUCGUUCUAAGACCUUGGCGCAUGAAUACGAUAAACUUUCCCAGUACGCAAGCAACUUGAAACUCCCCGAGGAUCCAAGACCCGUUAUAGAAAAGGAUUAUGAGGAAGUACGCCGCAUCAUAGCCGCUGGUAGACGAGCCUCAGAAGCGCAGAUAGAAAAGAGCUUGGCUUCUAAUGAGAAAGGGAAGAAAGGACGCCGGGGACAGACUUCUGCACUUGUUGGGGGUGACAUGGGAAUCAAAGAUAAGGUGUUCGAGGAGGAUGUGCACCUUCAGGCUAUGUUGAAGAUGGGGCGUGAAGAACUAGAGAAGGGUGAUGAUAGUAGGGGAAAGAAAAAGAUCUACGGAUGGGGAAAGGCUGUUACUCGUGCUCAAAAGGCGAUGAAGGCUCUUGUCAAAGUUCUGCCAAAUGAGGAUAGGGAACGAUACUAGAGGAAGGAAAUCCUAGGGAGCAGGAGUGGAUGUAAUAAUUGAUAUGGAUUAUAUGAGAAUAAU